CUUGGCGUGGCCAUAGUAGGAUUCGUAAAUAAUCUACUGUCUAUGUAAAUAAUACGGGGCUGGGACACCAUGUAGCUAAUAAUAACGCCAAACGCUGCCAUGUCGGUGUUGUCCCUCGCCGUUCUGCUGCUGGUCAGAGGGCUUACCUUUUCUGCGGCAGGCGACUGUGAAGUGUGUGUGGACUUUCUCAACAGACUGUAUGGCAGUCUGACGUCAGCCCACAGUGAGCUCACUUCUUCCCUGGUGGAGGAAGAGCUGAUCCAGGCCUGCACUGUCGCCCAGGGGAAGGAAGCGAGGCUGUGUUACUACCUGGGAGCCAGUAGUGACGCAGCGACCCGCGUCACAGCAUCGGUGUCUCGACCUCUGGCCUCCCAUGUCCCCGUUGAGAAGAUCUGCCAGCGCCUCAGCAGCAGAGACACGCAGAUCUGUCAGCUCAGAUAUGAGCCUCAGCUGAAGGAUCUGAGCAGCGACGGGCUCAAAAAGCUGAGAGUCUUGGAGCUGAGGAACAUUCUAGCCUCGUGGGGUGAAGAGUGUAGAGGCUGUCUGGAGAAACACGAGUUUGUCAGCCUUAUCCAGGAGAAAGCACCGCUGCAUGCUCACAGUACGGAACUAUGAAUAGUAGCUCCUGCCCCUUUCUCAUCCACACUGCAAAAAAGUCAAUUCACUUUUUUCUCUUGCUCCAUUUUCAAGAAUAUGCACACUGCAAUCACUACACUGCACUGUUCCAUACCGCCACUCACAGGAAACAUCUGUUUGUUCACUGGUACAAGUGUUUUCCAAGCUGAAUAAUAAUAAUAAUGUAU